GCCAAACGUGGAGGGAGCCACGAUAAUAAGAUUCGUUAAUCCGGACCUAAUCAUCGUUAAUGAUUAAUCAAUGACAAUUAACUAAUCCCCCAUCCUCAUCGCCCUUCACCUGGGAACCACGCCAUGGCCGAGGGCCGCCGCCAGCAUCUGCAGAAACCGCAACACCAUCCACAGCAGCCACAACCGCAACCGCAAUCUCAACCAUCCCAGUCUGUUCUGCAGCACGACCAGACGCAGACGCAGACGCAGGCGCACGCUCAAGCUCAAGCUCAAGCUCAGGCGCAGGCGCAGCAGGCUCACGCACAGCAGCAAUCACAGGCUGCCCUAUCUUCUGCCCGUCUGCAGCACUUUAACUAUUUGGCAGCGCCCACCACGCAGGCCCAGGUGCAACCCGCCCAGCAGCAGCAUUAUAUUGGGCUUUCGUCCUCUGCCUCUGCUUCUGCGUCGGCCACCACUGAGCGACGGCAUUAUUCGUUCGAUACGGAUCGUGACUCUCGGCGAUUUUCGCUCAGCACGGCGCUCAACAGCAUGGAUUACGACCAGACCGAAGGCCUCGGCGGGCUGUCUGUCAGUUCGUACGAAAGCAUCGACGACGACCGCAGCGAGCCUGCCAUCCGCGGCUACCAUUUUAAUGGCGAGAAACAUAUCAACUAUCCCAUGCCCGAGCAAGUGCUCCCCUAUUCAGCGUCGCCGCUGUACCCGUCAAUCCCCUACCAGAUUGACGAGCUUGGCCAUGCGCCGGGCAACUACACGCCAUCCGACGUGUCCUCGUCCAUCUCGCCGCCCAACGGCCAGAUCGGCAACAACAAGUACAGCACCGUGCCUUCGGGCGACCGACUGGCCUCAGCCCUCGGGUUCGAGGAACAGUCUCGCAUGACCGCCGAUGAGGACAAGCGACGCCGAAAUACCGCUGCCAGCGCCCGCUUCCGCGUGAAGAAGAAGCAGCGCGAACUGGCCCUCGAACGCACCGUCCGCGAAGCCAGCGAGAUGAACGCCAGCCUCGAAGCCCGCGUCGCGCAGCUGGAGAUGGAGAACCGCUGGCUGAAGAAUUUACUUACUGAGAAGAACGACAACCAGACCUCGCGCAUGCCACCGCCGCCGCCGCCAGAGAACAGCACGGCACUGACCCAUUCAGAUCCUGCAAACGCAGGCAACCAAAAGCCGAUUCAGCCGAAGCGCACUGUUGGGGUUGGCACUGAGAAUUGACCAACAUAAUGUAUUUUCUCUUUUUGACUCUACUACCUAUUUCUGUCUUCACUUUCCGUCUUCACUUCCUGUCUUCUACUACUAUUUCUGUCUUUAUCUUGCUGAUCGGGAUACUAUCGACUAUCCCUGGAGUUGGGGUUUGAUUGGGAUGUAUGACGGCAUGAUUAUACGAAUGGCAGUCGAUGCACUCUUUUCAUUUCAAAUCUAUUCACGUAAACAGUAAAUACCUACAGUAAAUGCAGACUACAUCAUUGUCACCUCGAACAUUUGAACUAGUUACAAGAUCUCCUAAUCUACCCGCUAUGUGAUUGAUUGAUAAUGA